CUUUCCUUGACUUCUCCAUAACCUUCUUCUAGAUCGUUGAUUUCUGUUUCUCUCCAAAAUUUGCCUGAACUUAUGGAUGAAAGCUGGAGUGUGGGAAAGAGGAGCAUGAAGUACAAGGAAGAAGAUGAGUAUGAAGAAGAGGAAGAGGAAGAGGUAAGUGAGAUGGGUUAUGGAGAGGAUGGUAGGAAGAAGAGGGUAGUGAGUGAUCUCCAAAGCAAGAGAGGGUCCAAAGCUGGAGGCUCAGUGCCACCUUCUUGUCAAGUAGAUGGUUGUAAUGCUGAUCUAAGUGAUGCUAAGUCCUACCAUAAGCGCCACAAGGUCUGUGAGUACCAUGCCAAGGCUCCUGCCGUACUCAUUGCAGAGCAGCAUCAAAGGUUUUGCCAACAAUGUAGCAGGUUUCAUGAGCUAUCAGAAUUUGAUGACUCAAAAAGGAGUUGUAGAAAACGUUUGGCUGGACAUAAUGAGAGGCGUCGCAAAAAUUCCUCUGAAUAUCAUGGACUUUGACAAGUUGGACAAGAAUGAACACUAAGGCAAGCAUAAUAUUACAAUAAUAGCAAAAAAAAAAAAGGCCUUUUUUUUUCAUUAGGCGAGCAAGGCAAGGCAAGCAGGUGCAAAUGAUUAAAAUAAAAUCUUCCAUGAAUCCUUCAUUUCCAAAAUGAUGUUAUUGGCCUCUGAGGAAGCUCUCUCUCUUCUGUCAAUUUUUUCCCCUACAUAUAAUGUAUGCUAAGAUU